AUGUCUAGCGUUACUACCGAUCAAAGGGAAUUGGAAGAGUCAAAUACACUACUUCCAGAAGUAAUUACAACAGGAUUUGUCUUAGACGAAGAAGAAGAGGAUGAAAUCAAGAAUGUGGAGAAUCCUUACUUAAAGAUGUUUGGGCAAACUCCGGCAAUUGAUGCAUUAAGAAACUCCGAAAGAACCAAAAAUUUCAAUACAUACGAAUACGCGGAAUUUUAUUGUCCUGAAUUAUUCGGUUUCAAAAGUCUAAAGCCAUUUAGAAAUUAUAAAGGCUUAGUCAAGGAGACCAAGGACGAUGACAAUAGAAACGACAGUUAUAAAGAAUCAGGGAAAUCCUUUAGUAGAAGCACAGGAAUGGAAAAAUAUGUUUAUGGUGAAGAUCCAAUUAAAUUUGUACAGCAAUUUUUGCGUGAAUACCAGAAAAGAAAUAUUCUAGAAAGUAAAUCUACUAUUUAUACCACCUUUAGAAGUCUGUUACCAGCAAAAUUAACUGCUAUGUGUGCUGCUUCAGAUGGUAAGGAAGAUCCAGAUGCGUUGAUUGAACAAUUUGUUUUAACACAAGUAUCAUGGCAUCAAUUAGUCAAGAAUGCCAUUGACACUCUAAAGCUAUUGGAUGACAACGUAAUCAUCGCUGAAAGAAUCAGUCAAUCCAAGGUAUUUUUAGAAACAGCUUCAUGGGUUAAGACUAAUAAGAGAUUAAGGAAUAUGAUGCCUUUAUUAUCUUUAUCAAACAGUCGUGCCAGGGAGUUUAAUUCAAUGUACCAGGAAGAACGUUUCAACGAGGAUUUCAAUCUAACUAAGGCUAUAUAUUCAUUCACAGGUAACGAAGUUGCCACUUUAACUGGAUGGAGUAUUGAACACCCACAGGAUGUCGCCAUCAUUGCACAGUUCCCACGUAUUGAAGAAUCAGAAUUGAGAAAUAAAUUAGGGGUUUCGAAAUAUACAGACGCAAAGUAUGAAUCUCUGAAGGAUUUCAUUACUGCAAAAGACUCAACAAUGAGCUUAACUAUGACCAAGUUGAACAAAGAAGAAAAUGAUGAAAGUCAAACCAAAAAAAUUGCUUACUUGGAGUACGAUUAUGCAUUUAAGUUAACGGAUGAAGAGUGGACCAAAAACAAGCCAAUUAUCAAAAGAACAAAUAGCAUUUUGGGUACCAACUUCACUGCAAAUCCAUAUGCUAACAAUACUGAGUUUCAAGCUACAGGUAGACAGUGGACAACAUCAGCCUUCAAAGAGAUUAUAAGGGAUAGAAGAUGUAAACAUUGUGGACAUAAGAAGGACAAAAAUCAUUAUUGUUCAGUAGACAUGGUUAUUUAUAGUUACAGAGUCUCGAAACCACGUCAACCUAAAUAA